AUGGCAUCCCCAGGCGCACGGCUUCCUGAGCAGCGCACAUUCUCGCAGCCCUCUUCAUCUUUCAAUGCUUCAUCAUGGGUUGCGUCCGGUGUUGCGCCGCCGCUGGGCGGUGUGAAUGCUGCCGGCACGGGCGAAGGGUACAAAGGCAGGGAAAUGCGGCAAAUGAAAACCGCCCUGAUACUUCCUGGCCAGGGAUCCCAGUAUGUAAGCAUGUCUGAGGACCUGUACAAUUUGUAUCCAUCUGCCCGACGCGUCUGGCACCAGGCAGAGAAAACACUGACUGCUUUUAUAAAGGGCCAACCAGUCGAUGGGGGCGACGCGUUUCAACCUGGCGCGUCUCGUGAGAAGUUCGAAAAACAGCUCCUGGUAGGGACUGCAUUGGAGAAGAAAUUGAACAAGGACAUGCCAUUGCACCAGGGCUGGUUCCUCGACCUGGUCUUUCGCGGUGAUCAACUGCAGCUGACAAGCGCAGAGAAUGCCAAGCCUGCUAUCUUUACAUGCACAAUGGCACUUCUGACAGUGUUGCAAGAAGAAUUUGGUAUUAACCUGGCGGAGGAAAAGAUUGACUGGGUUGCAGGGCACGGCACUGGUGAAUAUGCUGCACUUGUCAUCGCUAAAUCCAUGCAUUUUAACGACGCAAUUCGUGCGAUUCGAUACCGGGGGCUGGAAGUGAUGAAUUCUCUUGCAAACAACCCGGUCCUUUUUCCCGAGGGAUGCACACGUCCCGAGAGCGUGUACGAGACGUGGGGCUUUACGAAUGCAGCGAGUGGGAAAGGAAACCGGCUACUGGGCGAAGAGGAGGGCGUCGUGGGCGCACUCGCUACACAAAGGAGCAACGACGGGCGCAGAUCUUCGUACUGGAAAGGAACACAAGUGAGUGCAGUGGUGCUGCGUCCAGGACGCUUGGAUGACGCGCUGCAGGAGGUGGAGGUGGUGCAAUCGGAAAUACGAAAUGGCGCUAUUCCUGGCGUGGCGUGUGAUGAGUUUGUCGCCGUGUCCAAUAUCAACUCGCAGCUGCAAAUUGUUGUCUCAGGCACUCGUGUGGGUGUAUCGUACUUGUGCGAUAGACUGCGUUUCAAACAGUUGGGCGCGCGUGCGGUCAACCUUCCCGUCGCGGGUCCUUUUCACACUUCCAUGGUCGCUGACGCAGCGAAAGCGUACAAGGCGCUGGUAGAUGAAAUUCCGAUUGCACCACAUACUUCUUCUAUGCACAGUGUGUCAUCUGUGACUGGCGAAGUGCACAAUGACGUGGAACGCACCCGGGAAGACUUGGGCAAAGCACUUGCCUUACCGGUCCUCUGGAUGAAAACCAUCAAUACGCUGAUCGAAAAUGAUGUGCAUAGAUUUGUGUGCGUUGGUCCCGGUCGCGCAUGCGCGUAUCAGCUCAGUAAGGAGCUGGCCUUCCGCGAGCAGAAAAAAGAACCCCACGGCAUUCGCAUGAAUCCAAGCCCCACCGCCGACACACUCGACCUGCCAGGAUCGGAAUAUGAGGUAUGGAGUGUGUCCACAUCACAAACAUUGGAGCAGCUCGCACACGCACUCAAGAUUGCAUCUCAUGAUCAUGCUACUAUAUAA